AUGUCCCUUAAUCAUGAGGAGGGUUCCGCAGUUGGACAGGCUUCGAUCGUGGAUGAUAACUUUAAAAAAUGGUCGUCGAACGAGGUGGUUACAUGGUGCGUUGCCUCUCUUGGACUAUCUGAAAGCGAUCCGCUGGCUGAACGACUGCAGAAAAACGAUGUUAGCGGUGAGCUUUUGACAGAGCUAUCACUGGAUGAUUUGAAAGAACUAUGUGAACCCGACCUUGACAAGGCGAUAAGAUUUAAAGUUCUAUUGAAUAAACUUCAAUAUGACGCUGGCGUGGAUUCCAAAUUGCAGAAACAACAGGAAAAUAUGAUAAUAACGUUAAAAAAUUUGCAUUCGACACUAACCCAGAAGCUGCAAGACUUCCAAACUCAAUAUUCCAAACUUAGGCUAGAUGUCUUGGAAAUUGUGAAGAAUCCGAGUAUAAGCCCCAGAAUUCCAUUGCAGCAACAACAUUCAUCUCAACAACUGCAACAACUGCCACAGCAACCAAGUGAUUAUUUUGAUGGACCUCAUCACCCCGGCGAUUAUCCUUCGGGCUCUUCCAAAACACCUGCAUUUGCACCUAAACUACCUAUCAGUAGAUCCACAUCUUCACAGUUGAACACAGCUGAUACACCUGGACUCUUAUCUUCUGGAUCUAACGAGCCAUUGAAACAGCUUCGUGCUUCCAAAGAGGAUUCUUGCCAACGUAUAUUGAAAAAUGCUAUGAAGAGACAUCAUUUAAACGAUCAAGAGUGGAAACAGUACGUGCUAGUUAUUUGUUAUGGUGACCAGGAAAGGCUGUUGGAUUUGGAAGAGAAGCCAGUCGUCAUUUUCAAAAACUUGAAACAACAAGGACUGCAUCCGGCCAUCAUGUUGAGAAGGCGAGGUGAUUUUGAGGAACUGAAUAUGGCCAGUGAAGAUGUAACUCCUGGGGGUAGAUUAUAA